AUGACUGCUUCAAGAAUUCUUCGAUAUGCUCAAUUUCUUUCGAGUUUCGAUUACACAAUUAUACGUAGAAAAUCUGAAAAGCAUACAAAUGCUGAUUACCUUUCAAGAAAUCCUCUUCCACUACCAGUUAAUUACGUCAACUGUACUGAUGAAUCACAAGCACUCCAGCAAUUUAUCAUAAAUUACAUUUCAACUGAAACAAUUACAGCAAAACAAAUUCAAACAGAAACAGAGCUUGAUUCUGAUCUUAGAAAAAUAAAAUACGAUAUUGUUAUUGGAAACAAGUUUGAUCCCAGUAUAACCAUUCAAGAUGGAAUCCUAUUUAGCGGAAAUCGAGUAAUCAUUCCCAAAUCUCUUCAACCUGAAAUGCUCAAGCAACUACAUUCUACACACAUAGGAAUUGUGAAAAUGAAAGCUCUAUCUCGAAACUACUGCUAUUGGAAAAACAUUGACACCGAUAUUGAAAACAUGGUUAAAAGUUGCCGUGAAUGCUGUGAUGUAAGAAAAAAUCCAGCGAAAGCACCUCUUCACAUAUGGGAAACACCGGAGAAAAAUUGGCAACGCGUGCACAUCGACUAUGCCGGACCCUUCAUGGAGCAUCAAUUUUUAAUUGUUGUGGAUUCACUUUCAAAAUGGCCUGAAAUUUUUGCUAUGAAGACAUAA